GUUCGCGUGUCUGCUGAGCGUGCUGUGGCGUCGCCAAAGUUGCGGGCGCCAAGUGUCGUCGGAGAGGUCGUCAUGGAAGAAGCGCUGGACAAGGCAGUGACUCCGCCGCCAGAGCGUGAUGAGGAAGACGGGCCGGUUUCGAAACUACCUGCGCUGCUCGCAUCAUUGGGGCUCGUUGCCACGAUUUAUCAGUGCCUGCGGCAGCGCUGCCGCGAUGUAAAGCAGAAAGAGUGA